AUGAAGGUUACCUUCACAUCGGAGAGUGUCCAGCAAGAGGUCGUUGGCGCAUCCGUCGAAUUCCUGUUCACCAUCCUUCAUCGAAAAAAUCAUCUUCCUCCAUCUCCCCCAUCAGAGGAAGACCUGAACGUAACCGCUCUUCGGACCCUAAGCUGCGUCCUAUACGAGAACGGAGCGGCUUGCAUAAAGCUCCACCCCCAAAUCCUCUCCGUCCUCAUACCCCUCGGAACAUCACCAGUCCAACGCGACGAAGAUCUCGAAGCCCGACGGAUGGCUUUAACGUGUCUGGGCAACCUUUGCGUCAAGACAGGCGCGAAAGCGACCAACCUGCAAAAGCAGGUGCUGGGCGUUUUGAUGGGCAAUCUGCAUGUCGAUGUUUCUGAUGAGGCGAGGCUUAAGGUCGUGAGCGCGGCAUUGCGAGGAAUACAGCUUCUCACAAACGAGAACAAGGCGGUCGUUCAGGAGGAUGUCUCUGCGCUACUGCAACUUGUGCAAAAGUACGGGUUGUUGCCUUUGUCGCUUGGUGCGGUGCCCAACGCAGCAUCGAAACAACAUUCGAAACGCCCACAGGUGUUGCCAUCUGACUCGGAAAUGUCGGAAGGCGAGAACGGCUUACCGCGGAAUAGGCACGUCGACAACCGCCUCCAACUCAACUCCCUCCUCUGUCUCCAAUCCCUCGCAAAGGCCCACACAAAGCAAGUCUUCCCCUACUGGUUCCGCUUCCUCCCCGACCCCGUCGAAGGGCCACACGCACCGUCGCUGAUCUCGGUCAUGAGGGAUAGCGAGUCGCCGAAGAUUAGGCAUGCGGCGUGUGCGGCGUUAAUGGCGUUUUUGGAUGGGAGUAGGACGUAUCUUUCUGUUGCUGAGGAUAGUGCGGAUAAUCGGAACGCGGCGUUUAUCUCCCUAUCCGUCAAACUCGCCGAACAGCUACGCGAAAUCCACACCGGGUUGCUCAAAUGCGUGCGGGAAGAGUCGUGGCCUUUGCUGGUGACGCAGGAGAUGAAGUGUCUAGCAGUCCUCAUCCGAAACUGUCCCUACGACCGUCUCCGCCACAACUACCGCCACGACGCCUACAUCGCCGUGCGUGACCGGAUCACCCACGAAGACUUUGGCAUAACCUCCGCCUCCUUCGAAGUCAUCUCCGCCCUCCUCGACGCCCACAUGCCCCUCCCGGCCUCCUCCCCCCUGCUCGAAACGCUGUUUGAGUAUCUCAACAGGGACGAACAUAUUUACGUGCGGGUUGCGGCCUUGGAUGUGUUUUGUGCGGUUGCGAGGAAUUGUGUUGAGGUUUUUGGGACGAUAUGGCCGCGGUUGAUAAAGGCGAUGGAAGAGUCGUUGGAGGAUCCGAAGGAGGCUGUUAGAGCUGCGGCAUAUAAGGUUAUUGAGCAAUAUGCGCACUCGUGUUCGACUGCUGAUGAGAGUGUGAUGACCCAAGACCCAACCUUCUGGCUCCACCUCCUCGACACCUACGCCCACACCGGCAUCCGCGACCCCUUCUACGCCGUCCGCACCCUCGCCGUCGACUGUCUCGGGCACAUCCCCUCCUCCAUCUUCUCCUCGCUCCCUCCAAAACGCCAAUACGCCUGCCUGGCCCUCGCCCUCGGCACCGUGCAGGAUGACGACCACAAUGUGCGAGCCGCGGCGUGCAGGACGUUGGGGGUUUAUGUGGGGUUUAGGGCUGUGCAGGAGGAUGUGUUGUUUUUGACGGAUGUGGCGACGACUAUACCGGGGUUGAUGGGGGAUGCGAAUGUGGGUGUUCGGGUUAGGGCGAGUUGGGCGUUGGCGAAUUUGGGGGAUGCGCUGACGAAAGUUAGCGAGCUACAUACCCAACGAGAACAACAAAUCGCAUCAUCACCACCACCCAUAUCGGAUAUUCAACAACCCAACACCCUCGCCGAAUCGGGCCUAACCCCCGCCCUUCUAACAACCCUCCUCCACUCCUCCCUCCUCGCCGCAAAAGACAAUGAAAAAUGCAAAUCGAACGGCACGCGGGCCCUGGGCAACAUCAUCCGCGUCUGCCCACCCCACCUGCUCGCCCGCGAACAGCACGGAUUGAUGAAAGAUGUGAUCAGCGUGGUUCUGAAGAAUGUGGAGACCGGGUUGGCGAAGACGAGGUGGAAUGCUUGUUAUGCUUUGAGUAAUAUCCUCCGAACACCUGGGUUACCGCUGUUCCCGCCGACUGCGACUUCAACGACGCCCGUGUCGCCGUACACCAACCCCUCCGCCUCCGCCUCCUCCACCCUCCUUUCCACAAUCUACACAACCCUCACGAAAACACUCCUAACCUCCAAAAACUACAAAGUGCGGAUCGCAGCAGCCCACGCGAUGACGGCGCCGCCGGGGAGGGUGGAGGCGUAUGGUGGCGGGGAGGUUGUGAGGGGGUUGAUGGGGGCGUGUGUGAGGGCGGCGGGGGCGGUGGAGGAUUUGGAGGGGGUGGGGUUUGGGGAGGUGAGGUAUCGGGAGGUGCUGGGGGGGCAGAUUCGCACGACAUUCACACAUCUACUGCGAGUCCUUGAGGGCGAUGCAAUCACCGCCGCCGCAGAUGUUUCCCCAUCACAUACCGAAUCGCCACCCGCAUCGACAUUGUCCAUUUCAAUAUCACCACCACCGCAACUACAACAGCAGCAGCAGCUACGCUCAGACGACCCGGAAGUGGCCGAGAUGUGUCGGCAAUUAGAUGCCUUGACUGUCCCCACUCCUCCUCCUCCCCCGCCCACAAUCACGGCGCCGUGAAUGUGGAUUAAACGUGGGUUUGCAUUUACGACGGAGGAUGGAUGGUAUUUCUGAUACUUUUUUGGGGGGUUGGAGAAACUUUGUACGUGCGGAAUAGAGAGGCUCUCACAGCCAUUUGAAGUCAGAUACAGUGCACACUGAAAUUGCGUUC